UUUACUUUUUAUUUUUAAUUGAACCUUUCUUGUGUUUAUUUCUAUCUUUUGUAUUUAAUUCUUUUUUUUCUCGCUCUCCUAAUGCACCCUUGUCUAUAUGUGUAAAACUUUGCUUGUUGAAAAAAAAAAAUAUUUAAAAAGGAAAAAUACGCUAGCACGUAUUUUUAGUUAUACGUGUAUCUCCUAGCUAGGAGGGCGGGCUUAGAGCAAAACGGGCGGAAUAAAUAUGACGCAGUCGAAGAAACCCGCACUUCCGGUUUCUCCAGUUGGCAGCGCAGGGAAACAGCAAUGGCCGCGGUUCCGGUUCAGUCACUUCGGGUGUCGGAUAUUAAAGACCCGACGGUGUUGUUUGAGCGAUACGGCACCGAUGAAAUUCGCGCGGUGGAGCGGAAAGUCCGCGGGGAGAUCGAGCAGAAGAAAGAGGAGCUGCGGCAGAUGGUAGGGGAGAGGUACAGAGACCUGAUCGAGGCUGCAGACACCAUCGGGGAGAUGAGGGAGUGCUCAGAGAAAGUGGUUCAGUCCAUCCAGGACAUGCAGAAGUACUGUCACACACUGAAACACAGCAAACACACUCCUCAGAGCAGCAGGGCAGAGGGUGAAAAGCAGUCACAGGAGAAGUUCUACGCCAUGGCGGCUCAGAUAAAACUGCUGCUGGAGAUGCCUGAGCGGAUGUGGAGUGCGCUGGAGGGAGCUCAGUACCUGCAGGCCACGCAGCUACACCUCCUCUGUGCUCACCUGCACCGGCUGCUCCACCUGGACACGCCCGCUGCCUCAUACAGCCCUGUUCUGAGCCGCUUUCCCAUCCUCAUACAGCAGGUGGCCGCCGCAGGACACUUCAGGUCAACAAUCCUGUUGGACAGUAAGUCGGUGUUGCGGGGCAGAGCCGUAUCGGAUCAGGCGAUCGCUGAAGCGCUGGUGUCCACUAUGCUGCUGGAAGACAGCUCACCUCGCCAGGCCCUCGCUGACUUCCUGCUGGCCAGAACAGCAUCCAUACAGCAGCUUCUCAAGCAGCCUCAGCACGGAGCUGGGAUAAAAGCUCAGGUCUGCUCUCUGGUGGAGUUAUUAGUCACGACGCUUUAUCAGGCCCACGCCGUGUUCUACCUGCCUCCAGAGGGCCGUGCAGCGGAACCGGGCCUCGGCUAUGGGUUACUCUUCACCACGCUGGAGAACGUGACGUCCGGUAAAGGCAGGAAGGUGUUGCACGGCGAGGUGAGUACAGGCAGCUGGUUUAAGUAUCUGCCGCCAUCAGUGACGGACUUCCAGCCUGCGCUGCGCACGCUGGCUCAGCCCAUCCAGAGCGAACAGCUCCGGGAUACACUGCAGCACUGGAUCGACACGUGUAAAGAGGACAUGCGCAGCGGCGUGAGCAGCCUGCUCAUAUAUGUGAAGAGUGUGAAGGGUUUGGCCUCCAUCAGGGACGCGGUGUGUGACCUGCUGAGCAGCGACUCCAUCAGCCAGCACUGGAGUGGUGUGUGUGCGCGCCUGCUGGAUAAACCGCUUGACCUGUGGCAUGACCUGCUGCAGCCACUUUUCCUCCACAGACUGCAGGUGAUCACUCAGGAGGGCAUGGAGUCGAUCUCCGGCAGCUGUAAACAGCUGUUGUCCUCCACGCUGCAGGAACUGGAAGGCGAGGCGUCGAGCCACGGUUUGCGGUUUGACAGCGACGUGUCGUCAUUUCUUUGGUGCGAGUCUCAAUCUGACCUUCCGAGCGACGCCGCGUGGGUGAGCGUGUCUCAGCGCGGCACACGGCCCGAAAGUGGCCUGUCCAUGAAGACUCGUGCCCUCACACCGCGCGUCCAGAACUUCUGCGCCACCCUCGAUUCCAAACUCAAGGCCCAGCUUGAGGACCUGGGGCACUUCCUGCCCUUGGACACUCCCGCUUCGUGUGUGAAUCACUAUGCGGACGGCCCAGCGGUGGAGCAGGCGCUGAGCGAGCGCUGCACAACCUGUCUCGCGGACGUCGUGAGCAGCGUCCGCACCGAACUAGCAGCUUCUUCGGGUCAAAUGAGCUCUGUCCUUUUCCUGGCCAGACUGUGUCAGUCUCUGGGGGAGCUCUGCCCCAGCUUAAAACAGUGCAUUCUGGGCCGGCAGGGGGAGAAUAGAAGCACGGGAAGCCCCCGUGUCCAAAGCCGGAAGUUGGGAAAAGCAGGUGUGAGUAAAGGUGUGGACCUCAGCCCAGCUCAGGUCACAUGGGCCCGAAUAAAGGACGAGCUGCUUGCCUGCAGCAUGGACGCAUAUCGCAUCUGGAGCUCUGCUGUGUCCCAGACUUUGGUGAGGAACUUCGCUAGUUCUCUGCACGCUGCAACAGCCGGUUCUGUCCUAAUCACUGCCACAAACUGGGAGGAGCUGGAGAUCCAGGAAGAGGCGGAGUCAGGCAACACGGUCAUGUCUAAAAUCCAUCUUCCAGUCCAGCCCUCAUGGUACGUUCAGUCUCUGCUCUUUCACCUGUGCCUGGAGGUGAAUAAGGUUGGUGGUCACACUGUGCCGAGGGUCACGCUGACCGAGCUGCUGCGAGCCUGUCUGGAUCAGGUGCUCACAGAAUACGAUAAGCUCACUCAGCCUACGCAAAGCAAGCACGCAGCUCCUCCCAUCACUCAGAAUCGAGGCCUGCAGCUACUGUUUGACGUGCGCUACCUCAGUGCUGCUUUAACAGCCCGGCUAGAGGACACCAGGAGCUCGCGCUCGUACGUCCAGCCCAGGAUCCAGCAGAUCUGUGAUGCUCUUGAGAGCCACAUUGAUCCGUUUGACCUGGACGUCUUCACUCCUCAUCUGAACAGCAACCUGAACCGGCUGACUCAGAGGACUUCGGUGCUCUUAGGACUUUUAACUGGUGCAGAGAAGCAGUUCACUCCCAGAAGCAGUAACGUGAGCUCACAGGAGCCGUACAAAAUCCUUCCAUUGGCCAGCAGUCAGAUCCGGUUCGGCUUGCUGCCGCUGAGUAUGACCAAUUCCCGGAAAGCCAAAUCAUCUUCUAGAGCGACAGACAUCACCAGACCGCUCGUUGCACCUUCAUCCAAUCCGAUUCCAGAAGACAGCUUCCGCCCAGGAAACCUCUUCCGGCAGUUAGCCAAUCAGGAAGAGGAAGCUGUUGGCCCCUCCCUCUUCAAGUUAGGCUGGCUUUCUGGCAUGGCCAAAUAACUUAUUCUUGGUUGAAGUGUAAGGUUUUUAAUGCGUUAUUCACAUUCUGUAUAAAUAAUAUAUACUUAUAAAUAUGGUUUGGGAUAAAAUGGUGUGCUUGCAUUUCUUAUACUAGAAAUAAAGAUGUGUGUGUAUAUGUAUAAAAUGACCUCAUAAUGGGCCCCAUUGAUCAAGCUGAAUAUGAACAGAUUUUAUUUGUCUGUACAAGUGUUUGCACAUCAAAUGUGGUAUUCAUGAAAAUCCCAUAAUUUCUGAAAAAAAACGUUUGUAUCCUACUCAUGCUCUUGAGUGUAUAUGCAUUUAUGCAUAAGAAGACUUACUAAUGUAAACCCCAGACCCCUUUGAUCGACUUCAAAUCAUAUGAUUUGCAUGGAUUAAUGCGCUUUUGUAUCUGGAAUCUAACACGGAGUGUAAAUUGCUUAUUUUUAUUACGUUUAUAGCGUUUAACAGACUCCUUUAUCCAGAGCGACUUACAGAAGUGCUUUGGCAUCUCUGUCAAAAACACAUCCUCAUGCUAGUUCACUAGGUCGAGGACUAAGAAUGCCAUCGAGGGGGGGGGGAAAAGAAGUAUUGGCACUGAUUAAAGAAUAUGGAAAAAAUAAAUAAAGUAUAAUUUUCUUGCCACCUCACUUAAUUCAUAAUUAAUUGACCUCUUUGAGAAGUACACAAAUGUAUGUAUGGAAAUGGAUGUAAAGAAAUAAUGUAGAAAAUGAAAAGGCAGGCAAUCGGAUAACAAUUUAAUGCAUUUUACUACAGCUUCGCAGUACUUUAUUUCACUCUCAUCUCAUACACGGGCAGUAAUGAAUGAGACGUCAAGAAAAAGUCAUCGAAAUAGAAAAUAAUGAAUAGGAGAAGGGACCUACUACAAUCACUGUACUAAGCUAUGUAUAAACUACUAUAUGCUGAAGUUAGCACUUUAACCCCAUCUAGAACACUCCGUCUAUACAGAAGACAUGGGUGGUCUGAUUUCAGCUAUACCUAGUUGACAGAAUAAAAGCCCCUCAUCAUCCUUCACUGU